UCUGUCAGUUCUUGUUCGUUUUCGCAACCUGUACGUUGCUUAUCAUUCCUAUUACCGUUUCAUUUUCCAUUUCCCUCCCGAUAUUAUUUAAGUAUUGAAUUUUUUUCUGUUUAUAUAUAUGUAUAGUGUACUGAGUGUUUGAGUUUCGGCGACGAUUCCUAAUUGAUAGUGAUUCUUUCAUAUAAACCUUAUAAUAUACACCCCAUGACAUAAAAUCAUUUAUAUACAUAUAUAUAGAAAAAAAUAGAUAUUAAUCAUGGCUUGGGGUUAUUGGAGCGCGACUACUGUAUCAGAUCGAGGUCGCAGUCCUCGUCGUAAUCAAAACGCUGCAUCUAAUCACGCACAAAGCAUGCCCAUCAGCAUAGAAGACAGACCUUCAAUGUCCCAAACUUACGUCAGUGUGAAUUCUAACAAUAACGCAACUAAUACUCAAAAUGUUACCACCGUUGAACUUGAAGAGGUGCAUCAUCCUUUAUCGAGAAGACCUUCUUUGGAUUUGGGACCCCAAGGAUCGUUGGCGGGGAUUAUUUGCGCCGCUCACGGAAGCGGACCCGGCGGGACUCUAUCGGCAGGAAACACUCUAACUAGGGUGGGGAGUCGUCAUACGGCUGUUGAGUAUGCGGUUCCGCAUCAUUUUUAUCAUCACCACGCUUGCGUGGAAUACCAUCAAGCGCAACAACUCAGUUUUUCUGAUGACGAUUCUAGUUCUGAACCCGGAUACGCUACAGUUUUCCCUAAUGUGCCGUCGCAGCCCGGAAUGCCCUGCCAGGGCGAAGACAGGAGUAUUUAUAGAAGGGGGGCGCGCCGUUGGAGGAAAUUGUACAGGGUUAACGGACACAUAUUUCAAGCUAAAAGAUUCAACAGGAGAGCCUUUUGCGCUUAUUGCAACGACAGGAUUUGGGGAUUGGGUCGACAAGGUUUCAAAUGUAUCCAAUGCAAAUUAUUGGUACACAAAAAAUGUCACAAAGCCGUAAAUAAACCGUGUACCAGUGAACACCAGGAGUCGAUCAUAAGGGAAAUUCAUAACGGAGAAGCGCAAGCGAACGUUACUCCCGUUACCGAUAUUAUAAAAUCGGAAAUUCGCGAUAGGGAUUAUCCGGAACCGCCGCCGGAUGUUACCGGGGAAUCCGUACCCGUGGAAGACCCCAAUAAACCUGUCGACGAUUUGGAACCUGGUUCCCAACGGCAAUACUCCCUCAACGAUUUCGAACUGAUUCGAGUUAUCGGUCGCGGGUCUUACGCUAAAGUACUGAUGGUGGAAUUGAAAAAAACGAAACGUAUCUACGCUAUGAAGGUGAUUAAAAAAGCUCUGGUUACCGAUGACGAGGAUAUCGAUUGGGUGCAAACCGAAAAACACGUUUUCGAAACUGCUUCGAAUCAUCCGUUUUUGGUUGGGCUGCAUUCUUGUUUCCAGACGCCUUCGAGGCUAUUUUUCGUUAUAGAGUUCGUCAGAGGUGGGGAUUUGAUGUUUCAUAUGCAGAGGCAGAGGAGAUUACCCGAGGAACAUGCGAGGUUUUACGCCGCCGAGAUAUCGUUAGCUCUCAAUUUCCUCCAUUGCAAGGGUAUCAUCUACAGAGAUUUGAAAUUGGAUAACGUAUUAUUAGAUCACGAAGGUCACAUCAAAUUGACAGAUUACGGUAUGUGUAAAGAGGGUAUCAGACCAGGUGAUACGACGUCGACGUUUUGCGGUACGCCCAAUUAUAUAGCUCCCGAAAUAUUGAGAGGUGAAGAUUAUGGAUUUUCCGUGGAUUGGUGGGCGUUGGGAGUUUUGUUAUACGAAAUGUUGGCCGGUCGUUCUCCAUUCGAUAUAGCCGGCGCAUCGGAAAAUCCCGAUCAAAACACCGAAGAUUAUCUUUUCCAAGUCAUAUUGGAAAAAACGAUCCGUAUCCCGAGAUCUUUAAGCGUAAAAGCCGCCAACGUACUCAAAGGAUUUUUGAAUAAGAACCCAGCGGAUCGAUUGGGAUGCCACAAUCCCGAAGCUUUCGUCGAAAUUACCGGCCAUCAGUUUUUCAAAAGCAUCGAUUGGGAUAUGCUCGAACAGAAACAGGUGCCGCCUCCGUACAAACCCCGAUUAGAUUCCGAAAGAGAUUUAGCGAAUUUCCCUCCGGAAUUCACCGACGAACCGGUCCAUCUAACGCCGGACGAUCCACGCGUCAUAGAAAAGAUCGACCAAUCCGAGUUUGAGGGAUUCGAAUACGUCAAUCCGUUAUUAAUGUCGUUGGAAGAUUGCGUGUGACAUAACGUCUUGUGCGCUUUACAUCCUUUCAACCUGCCGCCGCCUCCACCGCCGUCGAUAACUCACCGUUAUCCGCCUCCGUUAUUACCGCCGCCGCCGCCGCCCAAUAUCGGCGAUUCCAUUGUUUCGAGCGGCGUCGGUAACGGUAAAUACUACGACGACGUUAGGCCGCAACAGGCCAAAUCUUUACUUCAAAAUAUCUUUUGCCUUCCUCUCAACUAGUGCUUUAGCGUGUGUCUAUUCGAAAAACGAAAAAUAAAAAAAAUUGUUUAUUCGUAUUUUUGAUAAUGUUUAUUUGAAUUUUCGUUUGUUUCGAUUGACGAAAUGUGUCCGUUGUUUAAAAAAAAAUUGUUUUCGGUUAAAAAUUGCGUAGACUCUGAAUGCUCGAUUUUUAAUUCGAUUCCUUUCAUUCGAUUUGCCCCAGUAGAAAUUUAUACGUUUGUCUCAUAUAAAUCACUUUAAAUUACGUACAAUUACGUUCAAUCAUUUUAAAUAACUCUCAGUCGAUUCUAAACUUUCUUAAUCACUUCUAAAUUACGUCUAAUUCCAUUAAAAUCACUUUAGAACGCCUCUAAUUGUAUUUAAUCACUUCUAAACCGUUGAUCAUUGAUUAAUAAUUGUUACAAAUCACUUUAAAUCACUUCUAAAUCGUUUUUAGACGCUUACAAUAACUUUCAGUUGCUUUUCAUUUCGUUCAAUCGCUUUUAAUUUAUUCCAAUUUAUUCCAAAUAUUCUUCCUUUGUCAAUGCAGAUCACUUCUAAAUCGCUUUCGGUUAUUUCUCAUUCCAUUCAAUCGCUUUUAUUUACUCUCGUUUGCUUCUUCAUGUUAAAUCACUUCGAAAUGGCUUUUGAUUCUAUUAUAAUCACUUUCAAUCACUUCUAGUUGUUUUCAAUUACUUUAAACCAUUGAUAAGAGAGUUAUAAUUGUUACAAAUCGCUUUAAACCAAUUCAAAUAAAUCUAAAUCGUUUUUAUUCCUCUACAUACGGUUUCAGUAGUUUUUCAUUACAUUAAAUUGCAUUGCAUACUUCAGAUCACUUCCGUUAAAAUCGCUUGUAACAUUUUCUAUUCAUUUCUAAAUCCUUUUUUAAUAACUUUCAAUCACUUUUCAUACCUUCAGAUAAUUUCUAAUCACUGUUUAUGAACUUAAAAUCACUUUCUAUAGCUUCUAAUUAGUUUAAUCACUUCUAAACAGUUUUGGAAUGAGUUAUAAUUGUUACAAAUCACUCAAAUUACUUUUAAAUCGCGUUUUUUGGUUAUUAUUACUUUUAGUCGCUUCUAAUUACUUAACAAUGCUUCUGAUUACUUUUAAUCACUUACAACGUUGUUUUUUCUGUUAUAAUCCUUUCUAAUCACUUCAAUUUUCUUCACAUUACUUCUAAAUCGCUUUUUAUUUUCUUAUUAUCACUUCUGAUCACUUUUAAUCUAUUCUUCAAUGUAUUUGUCGAUAGAAAUUGUUUGAACAAUCGAAACACGACACAUGUUCGUUCAGUUUUAUGUGAAAUGGUAUAGCAAAGGUUUAUUAAAUUGAUUAUCAAAUUUUUUCAACUUUGGAUUAAAACGGAACAUUUAGAAAAAAUUACGAAACUUCUUAAAUAUGGUUUCUCUAGCGAUAUUUUAUAUUUUAGAUAAAGAUUCAAAUAAGUAUCGAUUAUAAAAGUUCUAAUUACUAUCAAUCAAGUACAGUCGAUUCAAGUAACUUUUGAUCACUUGUAAUCAUUUUUAAUCACUUUUAAUUGAUUAUUUUUCAUAUUAUGACUUAUCAACAGAUCUUAAACCCUUAAAUGAUCACUAUAAAUCAAACCAAAUCACUUACAAUAGAUUGAAGUGUUUUAUAUUUACUUGUGAUUGCUUUCUAUCACUUAUAAUUGAUUUAUUUUUUUAAAUGAUUACUUAAAAUAGAUCCAAAUCAGUUUUAAUUGAUUAAAGUGCUCUAUAAUUACUUCAGAUUACUUUCUAUCAUUUACAAUUGAUGUAUUUCCAAAAAAAUCGUGCCGAAUCACUCAUAAUCGAUUUAUUUUUAUAAAUGAUCACUUAAAAUCGAUCCUAAUCACUUAUAAUGGAUUAAAGUGUUCUACAUUUACUUGCAAUCGGUCAAAAUCGAUCCAAAUCACUUAUAAUUUAUUGAAUAUAGUUAUUUGCGAUUGCUUUCGAUCGCUUAUAAUAGAUUUAUUUCAAUAAAUGAUCACUUAAAAUCGAUCCUAAUCACUUAUAAUCGAUUAAGCGUUCAAUAAUUACUUGCAAUUGCUUUCGAUUGCUUUUAAUUGAUUUAUUUUCAUAAAAGAUCGUUAUCAAUCGUUCCGAAUCACUUGUAAUCUAUAGAAGUGUUCUAUAAUUACUUGCGAUUGCUUUUGAUCGCUUAUAAUUGAUUUAUAUUCAUAAAUGAUCACUUAAAAUCGAUCCAAAUCACUUAUAAUCGAUUAAAUUGUUUUAUACUUAUUUGCGAUUGCUUUUUAUCGCUUAUAAUAGAUUUAUUACCAUAAAAGAUCACUAUCAAUCGUCCCGAAUCACUUAUUAUCGAUUUAAUUUUCUGUAAUCACUUAAGAUCGAUUCUAAUCACUUUCCAUCCCUCAUAAUCGAUUUUCUCCCGUAGAAAAUGGAGUUUGAAUCACUCCUCUUCAAUUACAAUUCAAUUACAAUCGAUUUUAAUAUAAAUAAUCACUUUAAUUCAACUUGUAACAAUAUUUGAUAGUUUUUUAUCAUUUAAAAUCGAUUUAUUUUUCUUUGUUAACACUUUUGAUUAUUUUUCAUCGUUUGAAAUCGAUUUACUUCAUAUGUAAUCACUUUGGAUCGCUUCUAACUGAUUUCCAUUAGUCACAAUCGUAGUUUAUCGUUUCUAAUCGCUUUUAUGCUUUCGAUCGCUUUAAAUCCUUUGCAUCUUUUUUGUGUCCUAUGGUUCCAUUUGUUGCCGUUUGUUUUUUUGUGUGCUCCAGUUCUGUAUGCUUCGUGGCGCUUCGUACAAUUUUGUUUAUUGAUUUUUUUGCGAAAUUGUCUUGAAUUUUUUCGUAUUUUUUUUUCAAUUCAAUGGUAUUAAACUAAACAUACCAAAAAUAAAGAGUUCGUUUAUUAUAAGACAAAGAAAUUUUUUUUCUUGAAAAUAUCGCGAAUCACAACGAAUUUUUUUAAAUUUCUAUAAUUUUCUCAUGAGAUUUUGUAUUUUUUUAUAAUUUUAUUAUACGGUUUUCCUCGUUUAGAGUGGUAUUGGGGCGGUAAUUCGCUAUAUGCUGGGGAUGUGCAUAUCGAAAAAACAUUUAAAAAAUAUUCUAGUAUUUCAGGCAAAAAUAAAAUGAAAAAAAUUUAGAUUUAACUGCACAUAAACGAAAUUGUUGAAAAAAACUACUAUUUAAUCGUAUUAUAGAAAAUUGCAGCAGCCGUUGAACGAUUUUCGAAUCAUUACGUUGAUUUUUUUCUUAACAGCGACUCGAUUUGCAAAAUUUUUCUCCACUUUUUGAUAAAAUUUUUUCUAUGAAUUAAAGCGCGAUUUUUCAAUUGUUGCUGCACGCGUUUCGCAUUCUAGCAGAGAUAUUAACGACCCUAGAAUAGAAAUAUAUAUAUAAAUAAAUAUAUAUUUGAGGAUUUUUUCCUCCCUAUUUAUUCAGAAUUCGAUAAUUGAUAAGAAAUUGAUUUAUUGAUUUUAUGAUUUAUUGGAAAUUAUCGUUUUAUACAUUUAUCGAAUUAAUUCUUUAUAAUAAAAACUUGAUUUGAC